GAGAGAAACACCCUAAGGAGCAUAACCUAGCUACGGCCCUUUAACGACUACAACUGUCAGAGACUCGCGGCCGACAUUUUUCACGCCAGACAGAACGGCCCCAGAGUUUGCAAAAGCGAAAGCAGCCCAGCGGGAGGCACGGCGCUCCGAGCAGGCAGGCAUUCCUUCCGCCUCGGCGCCUCCGAGCGGACUGUCCUCCCCGGCCACCGGCGGCCGCAGCCGUGACACCGCCGUUCCUGCCGGCGCGCUGCGGUGGCGUCACUUCCGCAAACAAGAUGGCGGAGCACUAGGCCGGAUUUCCAUUCUGAUCAAUGUACAAGGAGACUAACCUGUCAAAAAUGGCUGAUUUAACCAAGGCGGAAGAACAGGAAGUAGAGAAGAGUUUGGAUGGAGAAGUGGAGAAAACACCUCGUACUUUAGAGGCAGAUUCGGGUAUUGGUUGGGAAGACAAUAGUUCAACUUCAGGUACAGUGCACUCCACUGAAAAUGAAAAAGAAGUUGAUAGUGGCAGUCAGGACAGCAGAGCAAAAAAGAAGACUUUAGAGCCUGAAGAUGAACCUCCUAAGAAAUUACGUGAGAUAGGACAUGGGCAAGCUGUAGCUGCACAUUAUAAUGAACUUCAAGAAGUUGGAUUGGAAAAACGUAGCCAGUCUCGCAUAUUCUACCUCCGAAACUUUAAUAAUUGGACAAAGAGCGUCCUCAUUGGUGAAUUUAUAGACCGGGUACGACGGAAAAAGAAUGAUAUAACUGUUUUGGAUCUUGGAUGUGGCAAAGGUGGAGACUUACUGAAAUGGAAAAAAGGCAGAAUUAAAAAACUUGUCUGUACUGAUAUUGCUGACAUUUCUGUGCAACAGUGCAAGCAGCGAUACGAAGACAUGAAAGCCCGAUGUCGUUAUAACGAGCAUAUCUUUGAUGCAGAAUUUAUACAGGCAGAUAGUACCAAGGAUCUCUUGUCUUCCAAAUACAAUGAUCCAGAUAUGCGCUUUGACAUUUGCAGCUGUCAGUUUGUUUACCAUUACUCAUUUGAGACAUAUGAGCAGGCUGACAUGAUGCUUAAAAAUGCUUGUGGGAACCUCUCUCCUGGAGGGUAUUUCAUUGGCACAACUCCAAAUAGCUUUGAACUUGUAAAGCGACUUGAAGCUUCAGAAACAAACUCAUUUGGGAAUGAGGUAUACAGUGUAAAAUUUGAAAAGAAGGGAGAAUAUCCCUUGUUUGGCUGCAAGUAUGACUUCCACUUGGAAGAAGUGGUUGAUGUUCCCGAGUUCUUGGUUUACUUUCCACUACUAGAAGAAAUGGCAAAGAAGCAUGGUAUGAAAUUAGUCUACAAAAUGACAUUUCGGGAAUUCUAUGAAGAAAAAACCAAGAAUGAGGAGCAUAAAAUGCUGUUAAGGAGAAUGCAGGCUUUGGAGCCAUAUUCUACAUUUGGUGAUUCCAGGCUUGUUUCUGAUAAAGCUGAUGAUUAUGAGCAUGCAAAAGAAUUCAUCAAAGAUGGCAAGGCAAAGUUACCAUUAGGAACCUUGAGUAAAUCAGAAUGGGAAGCAACAAGUAUUUACUUGGUAUUUGCGUUUGAAAAGCAACUGUGAAACGUCACAUACUGGGUGCAGCAAGAAGAGAUCAUAUCCAUGUGCAAGUUGGAAUGGUCAGAAAUCCAUUGUGGCAACUAUUUUUUUAUUUUUUAUUUUUUAAUUAUCAGAAGUGUGCAGGACACUACCAAAAACCUAUAGCAAGCUCAUGAUUCUGAGUUAGGUUGCCUGUCUGUGACAGAUGGACUUGUGUGUGUAUAUAUAAGAAAGAUUCUGAACCAGUCUUUUUAAGCAUUUGUAAGCAAUCUGCAUGCUCUCAAAACUCAUGUUUGAACUUGACGCAACUUUGUUAAAAUCAAAUGUUUUGUUAGUAGAAGUGUGUUUGUGAUUACAAGCCUGACCCUGCACUUUUUGAAAUUGAUGGAAAAAUGACUGUUGACUUUGGUGCAGAAUGAGGGCCUAAAUAUUGUACUGCAGAGCUCAGUUAAUUCAUAAUGAGAUAUAUUCAGAAAUAUAGGGUAUGUCUACAUUGCAUGCAGAGCUAAGUGGCAAAUAAUACCUGAGUCAGUUUGAGUACCUCAGUGCUGUGCUCAAGCCUGCAGUGUAAAUCUACCUUAGUGGUAUUCAAGGUGUAGUUUACGUGGUAAAGUCCCACGAUGCUCUUGUUUUCCAUGCUUGCUAAUAUGUAGUGUCACUUCAUGGUGCUUUCAAGAUUAAACGAAUUUGUUCUGUACAAAACUGCUCUGAAAGAACUGAAUUUCAGGAGUUUUAAAUCUCUGUGUUGUUUUUCCAAAUAUGACUGUGGUAAUCAGUAACAGCUGCUGAACCUAGAUUACUGAACAUUUUCUAUUGUAUUAAAGACUCUCAUGACUUUUUGGUAGUUUUAAUGUCUUCUGAAAAUUAUUAGACAGAUCUUAGGAUGUGUUUCUUACUUGUUUCAUCAAAUUCCAGAUGGGCUUGGCAGAAGGAUGAGUGGUGAUGGGAACCUCAUUGCAGUUCAUAAGGCAUUAGGAACAUAGUUAUUUACUGGAUCAUGAGCUAGGAGGGGAGUCUGCAUAACAUUUGAGGAUACUAGGAAUUCAUUCUGGGAGGGAGGACUGUAUAUGUAUGUACACACCCCAGUGCAUGUGGAUAACGAUCCCCAAAUUAGAGUCAAAUACUUUGUUUGGGAAUGUAACUUAAUUAUAUCAGUAGGCAGACCUGUGCCUAACUACCAUCCUAACUGCCCAUCAGUCUCUUAGAUCUGGCUUAGGGGUUUCUGACAUGGUGUUUUCUUGGCUUUCCACAUGCUUGUAGCCACCCACUACUGAGAGGGUCUGGGUAUUUCAUGUUUUUUCUCUCCCUUCUUGGGCUAACAGUAGCUGUUUGCUGCUGUUGGAUAAUAUAGUUUACAUAGAGAUGAAGUGAGAAAAUGUUGAUAGUACAUGAGUAUUUUAAAAAGUUACAGUAAACCUAGUAAAGAACAUUUCUGUUACAGUUAUGCAUUUAAAUUACUUGAGCUUGUAGUUGUGUUGCCUUCCCCCUGUAAUUAGGUCAUACUCCAUGACUUCUGAUUUUUUUUUUUUGUUCAUUGUAUAGACCACCUACAACUUUCACCAAAGCAGUAGAAUCAGCCAGUUCUGCUGCUGAAUUUAAGAAAACAAGACUUUCUUGUCUGCUAGAAUCAGUACUCGUUAAACUAGCUGAAAAAUGCUGACACUUCUGAAGUGCUGGAGUGUUUCACUGGAAUUUGUGUGUGUCAAAGCUAGUUCUGCUAAAUUUCUUGCAUGGAAUUUCAUUUGAAAGUAUGCUAUUUUUUGGAAGAAAUCAGAGUAAUAAAAAGAGGGGAAAUACA